AUGAUGUGGGAGCAAAGACAAGGAGGGGUUUGUAGAGGGCCUCUGGAGACGAUAUGCUCUCAGGCUGAUCCGCUCUCAAAUGGAGACAGGAUCAUUACUCACGCUGAGGAGGAGGAGGAGGAGGAGGAGGACGUCUGUGCUCUUUGCGGUCGAUCCAUCUCAUCGGUGGCGUAUGAGGCCGGAGACGAGAGGACGAAGAUCGCAACGGCGAUCGCAGAAGCAUACUCUGACAUGAUGGUGAAUCCUGCCAACAUGAACGAGGAGGAGCAAGAGGAGCUGUUGGCUCUCAAUGAGAUGCUGGAGUGGGAGGACGACAUCGAGGAGGCGAUGAAGGCGGAGGAGAAGGAGAAGCUGAUUUGCUUUCAGUGCAAGCAGCUGAAACAGUGCAACCAGUCAAGGCUGGGUGGGGAAGCUGUGCAGACCGGCAGGAACACCGGGGGAUCUCCGGAGGGGACGUACACCGGAGAAUUCUUUCGUGCCAAGGACAAGUCUAUGUGCAGGUGGUCUCGCUCGAUUGCUGCUGGUCGAUGCCUGCGGGCUAACGAUCCUGUCAGGACAAAUGGAUGUAAGAGGAGAGCCACAUGCGGGAAUCCCCGCACGAACAAGGAGGGCUGCAACCGCAGAGCCACCUACGGCGAACCCGGGCGACGAGCCCUGUACUGCUCGCAUCACAAGUCAGCCUCCUCCCUGCUCAACUUCCACUCACUGCUGUGCGGCAGGAAGGAGAUGCAAGCUAGCGGAUGUCAACGACGAGCUCUCUACGGCAUGAGUGAAGGUCAAGCAAGGUUCUGCGGGACCCAUAAGAACGCGAGCCACAUCAACUGCGACGUCCGGCGCUGCGACUUCCAAGGGUAG